CCCUCAGCCUUCCCCUGAAAGCCCCCACAUCCUGAGCCACAUCCCACCAUUGCCAUCGACAACAAACCCAUGAUUUUCUCAGCUCAGUCUCUCUUGUCAACUGGUCCACAUGACAACCAAACCACUCUGCUGUCUCUUGAUCUCAGGUUCGGGGCAACAAUCGGCUGCUGAAAAGUCCUAGCUAUCAAGGAUAAUUUUAAGAGACUUAACAGCAAAAUAAUAUGGUCCAGAAAAAACGUUGCUGAGGCCAACCAAGAACUCUGUUCUGAAUCGUCCUUCAAACUCCAGAACACCCUCAUUGACACAUCAUAAAGUAACCUAAAAUGAUGUACGACGACAACGCCACCGACGAUUUCUGGCACGUGUUCUUCAGCUGCUCGGUGGAGCUGGACCACAGAUCCAGGCGCAUGAUGCUGUUCUUCAUCUACCUGAUGUCCUUCGUGGUGGGCCUGACGGCCAACAGCGUGGUGCUGUGGGUCAACUGGCAGCGCCGGCACUCGUCCAGCCCUGAGGUCUUUUGCACGCUCAACAUGUCGGUCUCGCACCUGAUGGUGAUGACCAUCAUGCCCGCCUUCCUGCUGGAGGUCAUGAUGGACGACGUGUGGACCUGGGGCUCCUUCAUGUGCCACUUCACCAACUUCAUCUACGAGUUCAACUACUACAGCACCUCCUUCUUCCUGGCGUACCUGUCCGUAGAGCGCUACCUGUCGGUGACGCGUGAGCCCACCGCGACCGCUGCAAGGCCCUGGGGCGUGAACGAGAAGAGGCGGCGGGCAGGCAUAUGCGCGGGACUCUGGAUCUUCGCCCUGCUGCUCUCGCCGGUGAUGGUGUCCAACAUGCAGUUGAUAGAGUACCACGAGCCCGGCUGCUACCUCCUCCCCGACAGGAACCACGAGUUCUGGAUGGCCAUCAUCACCAUGACCUCCUUCGUCUUCCAGUUCCUGAUCCCGGGAGGCGUCAUCCUCACCUGCAACUGGCUGACGGCGCAGGCCCUGAGGAGGUCGCCGGAGCUGCAGAGCCGCACGGACGUGGACAUGAGGAUGUGUCACGUCUACUCGGCCGUCUUCUUGCUCCACUGGCUGCCUUACCACAUCAUCAGCAUCAUCAUGAUGGUGGACACCCUGGACCCGUAUCAACUGAACUGUGACACCAUCGCCAUUGUGUACUACUCCGCAUACCUGUUGCUCUCUCUCUCACACUUCCAUUACAUCACCAACCCGGUCCUGUAUAACCUACUGCGGCCUGGCUUUCGCAAAACUCUCCUCAAACAGCUGGCGAGGUAUGUGAGGAGGCAUGCACAGCUCCCAGGUGAGGAUGGAAGGGUGGAGGAGGCCGGGGGGAAGGGCAAGCCCCAGAGAAAGAUGAGUAACGCCAGCACCACCAGCCAGUCAGACGUGGAGUAAAUGUCACACAACAUUGCUGCAAAGGAAAUUUUGUGUCAGCUAGGAAUUUCCUCCAUCUGUAUGUUGUGUUUGGUGAAGUUCAUUUCAUUUUGUACAGAGGGUCAGCCUGAUUGCACGUCAUAAGAUGAUGUCAGCGGUCGGGCAGGUCAAUAGGUCAGACAGAACCAUUAUUUUUUCAUUUAAGUGGAGUCUAAACCUUCAGGACGAAAAACAGCAAAUAAAUGAGGUGGCUCUCAAUGCAGCAAACCCAGAUCACCUGUAUGAAAUGAAAUGUACUGUUAUAACCCCUCAUGUUGCAUGUCAUAUGAGGGGUUGUCCCUAAAAAAGUCCCUUAAAUGGAGAUAUCAGCUAACUGUUGUUGACAUUGUAGAUGUUGCUCCAAGAUUUGCCUCCAUAGUGCUUCAAUUUCUUCAGCUCUCUCUCUGAUUGAAUUUUUUUUCAGCAGCUGUUAUGGUCAGAUUUCAAAUCUAUUUUUCUUUGAAGAAUGCUGUGUAACUCUUUAAAGGCAAAUAAAAAUGUAUGUGUAUGUCUGUGUAUGGUCAGACCCUGUCCUGCAGAUAUUGGCACUUUGGAUAUUGGAA